UGCAAUUCUAGGGUUCAAUAACAUUUGACUUCUUCUUCCUAGUUCUAGCCAACCUACUCCAUUCGCCAUUGUUGAUGUUUUGCUGCAUUCUGUUUUUAGCUGAAAAGGGAAAAACAGAGUAUAAAACAAAAACCCCAUCGUCCAAAUCCUCCAUAGCCAUUGAAAAAUCGCCAGAAAACUAUGUGGAGGAUUUUUCAUGGAAGAAUCACAAGAUGUAUUGAACAAGCUACAUUUCACAGACAUUACUUCAAUUCUCAUCUUCCUCAGAACAACCUAAUCUUGAUUCAAGAACUCACUGAAAUUCUCAAAAACAAGAAAUGGAAAAGCCUCAUUAAACUUGCAAGCUUAAAAAAUAAGCUAAACCCAUAUGUGGUUCGGUCUGUUCUUCAUCAAGAUCAAUUGAGUAAUCAUCUUGAACGCCUCCUCAGUUUCUUUCAAUGGUCAAAACACAAAGUGGGUAUUCAGUCAGAUUUGGAAAUUCACUCAUUUUUAGCUGCUCGUUUAUGUAGUAACAAUUUGUAUAGUCCUGCUAAUUCUGUUCUUGAAAAUGUAAUCAGGUUUGGUUUGCCCCCUUUGGAUGUUUUGAAAUCUAUUGAUAAUUGUCGUAAAAUUUUUGAUGAGUCGAGAAAAUUUGAUCAUGUGGUAUUUGGGUUGUUGAUGGAUAAGUAUAGGGAGAAAGGGUAUUUGUUUGAAGCUGCUAGUGUUGUUUUUGCUCAUAGUAAUGAUCUUGAUUGCAUCCCUAGCUUGUUGUAUUGUAAUCGUUUGUUGACGGAUCUGUUGAAAGAUGGUAACUUCAGAUUGUUUUGGCGAGUUUGUGAUGCAAUGCGUGAAGCAAAUGUUACGUUUAAUGCCCUUACAUAUACUAGUAUGGCGGAUGCUCAUUGUAGAGAGGGGAAUGUUAGUGAUGCCAAGGAAGUAUUGGCUGAGAUGGAAGAGAAGGGUCUUUGUUCAAGUAAUUUUACCUACAAAUUUUUGAUGAAGGGUUUGUUUAGAGCUGGGUAUGUGGAUGAGGCAAUUGAGGUUAAAAAGAGCAUGUUUUCCAAGUCGUUAGUCCCUAAUCGAUAUUUUUAUGCCACAUUUAUUGAUGGGCUUUGUGCUGCGAAUAGAUUUAGAGAGGCAAUAAUGGUAUUAGCUGAGAUGUCUGAGAUGGGAGUGAAGCCUGAUGCAAUGGUUUAUGAAGCUUUACUUGAUUGUUACUUGAGACAUGAUGAUGUGGAUGAGGCUUUUAAAAUUAAGGAUGCUAAAGGCAUUACUUUAGCCCUGUGCAAUACGCUUCUUCAUGUGCUCUGCAAGUGUGGUAAGAUGGAGAAGGCAAAUGAACUUGUGGAUGAGAUGACUAGAAAAGGUAUCAAGCCUGGUUCGACAACUUAUGCCUUGUUGAUUGAGGGACAUUGUCAGUGGGGUAAUGUUGCCACUGCCUUGGAGCUUCUUGAAGAAAUGAAGAAGAAAAAUCUGGCCUCUGUUAAGUCAACCUAUUGUGUGAUAACUGAUUGUCUCUGCCGCAAUAAGGAUCCGAACACGGUUAUGUCUUCUCUUCCAAACUUGAUAAUGAAGAAAGGGAAGCGAAAUGCUCAUACGUGGAGAACUUUAUUGAUGAAUUAUCCUGGUAAAGGCCACUUACUGAAGUUGAGAGAGGUUGUGGAGGCAAUGCAUAAGCAUGGGAUUGUGCCAGCUACUCCCCAUUACAAUAUUCUUAUAAAGGGUCUCUGCGAGACACGGAAGAUGAAAGCUGCUCAAAGUUGCUUGGUUGAAAUGCUGGAUAAAGGCCUAAACCCUGACCAGGGUACUUAUGAACCCUUUAUCAUUGGAUAUUGUCGAAAAGGGCAGUUGCAAAAUGCGGAAAGAUAUUUAUUGCAGAUGCUGCAUCAUGGGUUUAAGCCCAACAAAGAAGUUUAUAAUGCUUUGAUCAGUGCGAACUGUAAAAGUGGUUAGGUAAGCCAAGUCUUUGGGGUAUUUUUAAGUAUGCUUGCUCUGGGGGUUUUGGAAUUGUGGGAGGCCUAUCUUGUCCUCCUUCGUGGUCUCUUGGUGAAUGGAAAAAUGCUAGAAGCAGCUGAAGUUAUUUCAGAACUUCAUGGCAAGAAUCUGGUUGCUGAUGUUUCAUUCUAAGAAGCUCUCAUCUGUUAUUUUGUUAAACACUCUGAGAUUGAAAAGGCCUUUACCCUUUACGAGGAAUCGCAAAACUGAGGUAUUCGUCCAAACUUACGAUACUCACAGUCACUUGAUUGUUGGGCUGCUUAAUGCAGGUCAAACUGAGAGUGCUGAAAUGAUAUACAAUAUCAUCUUAAAAGAAGGUUUGGGACCAAAUAGUGCCACAUACACUACCAUGAUAUCUGGAAGGCUGCUAGGUACUGACAAUAGAUAGAUUAAUCAUGAAAAACUGAUUCAUAAUGUCUGUAAAGAAGUUCGCGUGGGCUUGAUCCCUCCUAAGGAGGAUCUUCAAAUUGUUGCCCUCCUUUAUUCAUAUGAUAUGAUAAAGCAAGUUUAUUGAAGCAAACACUUGAACUUUGACAUUCCAUUGGUUUUUAUCUUGUCAAAUGUCUGCUUGGUUCAGAUUCUUUACCUUCUAAUAAGCUGUUGCUGCAUUUGUACUCAGAAUCAGUGCUGCACUUAGAUUGUCUUUUUCAUUGUGUGGGACAUUCUCCUCCAUUAUAGCUUCUAUAACCGUACCUUAGGUUUUAUGACCCA